UUUGGCAUUGUUGUGACGUCAUGUCAGACCGAUUGGACAGUCACGCAGCCCGCGCUAAAAAUAGCCGUGACGUGACACAGAGUCACACGUGACUCACCUGCGCCACUUUGUUCUUUCCAAAAUGGCAACAAGUUGUUUGGCCGCCGUAAAGAGUCGCGGUGGCGGUCACGAUCUCGGUCUCGGUCUCGGUCUCGGUGGCGGUCACGGACGAUCCGGAGCGCGCGCUGUGACGCGUUCAGCACCACGGACAGCUCCCCGCGUCACAAAAUGGACACGCGCGCUUUUCUGACACCUUUUUCUUUUUCAAGCAUUUCUGCGCUUUUUGCCGCGUCGGCGAGCUCGCAUCCCGGACGAGCCGCGGGACGUCCGCACUCCGCUCUUCUCACGCAUCCCGGACGAGCCGCGGGACGUCCGCACUCCGCUCUUCUCACGCAGUGCGUAACGCGGCGUGAACGCACCUGGCAGUCGAGCGCGCGGGAAUCCCUCCUUCCACACGCGCGCGGGUGGUCGUCACAGGACCACGCGCAGGCUGCGACAUGAGCGCGCCGCUCGACGAUGCGCGCGGUUUUCGCUGACUUUCCCCGGGAGCGAUGCGGUGAUCCCGCGGCGUGCGGCGCGGCGGCGCGCGCGCGCAUGGAGAGCCCGGCCAAGUAUCUGUCCUCCGCGCAGGAGGCGACCGACUCCGCGCCGAUGUGGAACGGCAGCGGCUCGGCGGCGCCGGACGACAACGGGCGUGACGUGGCGUCGCGCGCCGUGACGGGAUGCCUCCUCUUCCUCCUCAUCCUGUGGACGCUGCUGGGCAACAUCCUGGUCUGCUCGGCCGUGCUGCGCACACGCCACCUGCGCGCCAAAGUCACCAACAUCUUCAUCGUGUCGCUGGCGCUGUCCGACCUGUUGGUGGCCGUGCUGGUCAUGCCGUGGAAGGCCGUGGCGGAAGUGGCGGGCUACUGGCCCUUCGGCACCUUCUGCAGCGUGUGGGUGGCGUUCGACAUCAUGUGUUCCACGGCGUCCAUCCUCAACCUGUGCGUCAUCAGCGUGGACCGCUACUGGGCCAUUUCCAGCCCCUUCCGCUACGAGCGCAAGAUGACCCAGCGAGUGGCCUUCGUCAUGAUCUUCCUGACCUGGACUUUGUCUCUGCUCAUCUCCUUCAUCCCCGUGCAGCUGGACUGGCACCGAGCGGCGUCCGGGACGCUCAACUCCUCCUCCGAGAGCUGCGACUCCAGCCUGAGCCGCGAGUACGCCAUCUCCUCGUCCUUGGUCAGCUUCUACAUCCCCGUGGCCAUCAUGAUCGUCACCUACACGCGCAUCUACCGCAUCGCGCAAAUCCAGAUCCGCAGAAUCGCCUCGCUGGAGAGAGCGGCGGAACACGCGCAGAGUUGCAGGAGCGAGCGGGUGGAGUGUCAGCACCACAACACUUUGAAGACCUCCAUCCGGCGGGAGACCAAAGUCUUCAAGACCCUCUCCGUCAUCGUGGGCGUGUUCGUGUGCUGCUGGCUGCCCUUCUUCGUGCUCAACUGCAUGGUGCCCUUCUGUGAGCGCCCGCCCACCGACCGCCACGCCGGCCUGCCCUGCGUCAGCGAGACCACCUUCGACGUCUUCGUGUGGUUCGGCUGGACCAACUCCUCGCUCAACCCCGUCAUCUACGCCUUCAACGCCGACUUCCGCAAGGCCUUCGCCGGCCUGCUGGGCUGCCGCCGCUUCUGCUCCGGCACGCCGGUGGAAACGGUGAACAUCAGCAACGAGCUGGUGUCCUACAACCAGGACACCGUCUUCCACAAGGAUGUGGCCAACGCCUACGUCAACAUGAUCCCCAACGUGGUGGAGUGUCUGGACCGCGAGGAGACCUUCGACCGGAUCUCGCAGUUCUCCGUCAACGACGACCACGCCGGCGACUCCGUGUGCGACCCGGAGGACUGCCAGGCCGUCAUCAGCCUGGACCGCAUGUCGCCGUUUACGCCCAACGGAUUACACUGACUCCCGCUACCCAGCAUGCCUCACUGCAGCUGCGUUUCUCGCAGGGGACCCGUUAAAGUGACGGACAGGAAGUGAAGCCCAGUGUAGUGGGCCUGGAAAUGUUACAAAAAGGCUUUCAUAUGGAAAUGUUGAGUCCUAACGUAAACAAAAUGAAAUGUUAGAAAUGUUGAGUCCUAACAUAAACAAAAUGAAAUGUUAGAAAUGUUGAGUCCUAACAUAAACAAAAUGAAACCUUAGAAAUGUUGAGUCCUAACAUAAACAAAAUGAAAUGUUAGAAAUGUUGAGUCCUAACAUAAACAAAAUGAAAUGUUAGAAAUGUUGAGUCCUAACAUAAACAAAAUGAAACGUUAGAAAUGUUGAGUCCUAACAUAAACAAAAUGAAAUGUUAGAAAUGUUGAGUCCUAACAUAAACAA